GGACUUUGAAAAACACCAGUGGCAUAUCGAACCGCAAAUUCAUACAACUUAGCGAUUGGCUCAAUUCGCCUAUACGCUAGCAAAAUAUUCCCAGUCACAUCCUACGAGCUCAUCAUCCUCUCAGGACCCUGCUACAGAUGGCAGAGUGGCAUUGUUGACCUCUACUUGGACGCGAGGAAAUCUUGCGCCGGAAAUCUCGUCUUUGUCCGCCUUCAAAUUGCAUGGAAUUUUGACAGCAUGCGGCACUAAUAGUAAGGACGUCGAGAGAUUGCCCUCCAUAACCCUUCAAGAGGAUAUUGGUUUACUCUCCUCAUCGAUCACAAACUCGAGGAUGAAUUCUGGGCAACCCGACCAUGGUCUUCCUCUAAAAACUGUAUAUCGGGAUGCUGUUGUUGAUAUUCGCUAUCUGCACCCGAGAACAACAGACUCGACCUGUCAACCGGUAUAUCAGCGCUUUCAGAUCACAUUUACCACUGCAACAAGCCCAGCUCGGUUUAUCGAUGCUGUCCGACCUGUUUGUCCUUGUAGAUUGAAUCUACAGCUGCAGCCUCUGGUCACUCGCAUCCCUACUGUUGCUGCAACAGGCCUUCUUGACGACAUUUCCCGUCGAGGUACGAUACUCCCAGCUGUUUCACAAGCUCGGCCGUCAAUUGGUGGAACUCUACUCAGACCAGCGCCGACUACACCUCGGAUAGCCAUCCCAAAGUCCAGCCACAUGCCAAGCACCGUCUGGCUAUCUCUCAAAUUCUCAUCCAUCACGAUCAUUAGAUCUUGAACAAGCGUCUGGCCUUUAAUAAACAGCCUGCCAAUAACAGAGGCUUCGCGAUUCAGAGA